GAAAAAGCAGAGAAUUCUAGAAAGAAGAACUUCACGCACUUCAAGGCCGUUGCAACGAACAACAUCUAUAUAUCCUCAAAAUUCCAUCCAUCCCUUAUAUACACAUUUUCACAUUAUACCAAAAAAAGAAGUAGUCACAGAUUCAUCACAGUCCUCUCUUCUUCUCCAUCUCUCAAACCAAGUCAGUCAGUCCAUGGCGCUCUCCACCAAACUUUUUCAACGGAGGAGCUCCACCGCAGUCUUGGGCGCGCGAUCCAUGUCCUGGUGGCGGAGUGUCCAACCGGCUCCCAAAGAUCCCAUUCUCGGCGUCACCGAAGCCUUCCUCGCCGAUCCCAGUCCCAACAAAGUCAAUGUUGGAGUCGGUGCGUACCGUGAUGACAACGGAAAGCCGGUUGUUUUGGAAUGCGUUAGAGAAGCAGAGCGGAGGGUUGCCGGAAAAUUGAACAUGGAAUAUCUUCCUAUGGGGGGCAGUGUGAAGAUGGUGGAAGAAACAUUGAAGCUGGCCUAUGGAGAGACUUCUGAAUUUCUCAAAGAUAAAAGGAUAGCAGCAGUGCAAUCUCUCUCUGGGACUGGUGCAUGUCGUCUUUUUGCAGACUUUCAAAAACGUUUUCGUCCAGAUUCUAAUAUCUAUAUUCCAGUGCCAACAUGGGCCAACCACCAUAACAUCUGGAGAGAUGCCCAGGUCCCUCAAAGGACUUUCCAUUACUAUCAUCCAGAGACUAAGGGUUUGGACUUUGCAGGACUGAUUGAUGACAUAAAGAAUGCUCCAAGUGGCUCAUUCUUUCUACUUCAUGCAUGUGCUCACAAUCCCACUGGAGUUGAUCCUUCGGAGGAACAAUGGAAAGAGAUCUCAUACCAAAUCAAGGGUAAAGGUCAUUUUGCCUUCUUUGACAUGGCAUAUCAAGGUUUUGCUAGUGGUAACCCAGAGAGAGAUGCAAAAGCCAUCAGGAUUUUUCUCGAGGAUGGUCAUCUAAUUGGAAUUUCUCAAUCUUAUGCAAAAAAUAUGGGACUCUAUGGGCAGAGAGUAGGAUGCCUUAGCUUGCUUUGUGAGGAUGAAAAACAAGCUGUGGCUGUAAAAAGUCAGUUGCAGCAGCUUGCCAGACCCAUGUAUAGUAACCCACCCGUUCAUGGACCGCUUAUAGUGUCAACUAUCCUUGGUGAUCCAGACUUGAAGAAUUUGUGGCUCCGAGAAGUUAAGGGCAUGGCAGAUCGCAUAAUCGGAAUGCGAACUGCUCUACGAGAAAACCUUGAGAAAUUGGGAUCACCCUUAUCUUGGGAGCACAUAACAAAUCAGAUUGGCAUGUUUUGCUAUAGCGGAAUGACACCUGAACAGGUUGAUCGUUUGACAAAUGAGUUUCAUAUAUAUUUGACUCGCAAUGGUCGAAUAAGUAUGGCGGGUGUUACAACGGGCAAUGUUGGAUAUCUGGCAAAUGCUAUACAUGAAGUAACAAAAUCUGCAUAGAGAUAAGGCCGGCUUAAAUUCUUCAAUGAGCCUUAGGAACUGUACCAGAUAGUGAUUUUGUUAGCUACAUCAUAAUCUUCUUGAUAUAAGGAAGCGAAACACUGGAACCAUCAUUUAAUGCGCUCUUAUUAUUCUUCUCCAUUUUUUGGAUUCAGCUCGGGACUUGUCAUCUUGGUUAUAUACCAAGUCCUGGAAUACAAAAACCACAGAUAGUGUCAUUUGUCCAAAAUCAUAUGCUGUGAUUUUGCCUCCGGCAAUAAAUUCGGAUUUUGUAGAUUUUGUUACCUGGGAGUAUUUAGUACAAUAAUGAGUUGCAAACUUUAGCA